CGAGUGCUUAGAGGCGCUGGGGAGGAAUGUGGGCCAGAACCAGAUCCCGUCCUGUGGGAGGGGCAGACUAACUUAGUCACCUUAGAGGAGGGGGAAACUUGGGGUUCAUGGUCUCCGCCUCCCCACUAGAAACUUCACUGCACAGAACUGUGCUUUCCUUCUCCGGGACAGAGUGCGAACAGGAUGAAAGGUCUUAUAGAAAUUUGCCUGAUGCAUCCUCUCGAUGUGGUGAAAACCAGGUUGCAAGUUCAGAGAAGCUUAAUGGACCCACAAAGUUAUAAAAGCCUAGCAGACUGCUUUCGGAUGAUUUUCCGAAAAGAGGGGAUUUUUGGCUUUUACAAGGGAAUUUUACCACCCUUUUUAGCUGAAACACCAAAAAGAGCAGUUAAGUUUUCCUCUUUUGAGCAGUACAAGAAAUUGCUGGGGUAUAUGUCACUAUCACCAGAGCUGACAUUUGCCAUUGCUGGAUUCGGAUCUGGACUAACAGAAGCCAUUGUGGUUAACCCUUUCGAGGUGGUAAAAGUUGGUUUGCAGGUCAAUCAGAACACAUUCACAGAGCAACCAUCUACUUUUGCGUAUGCAAGACAAAUCAUUAAGAAGGAAGGCUUGGGGCUCCAGGGCCUCAACAAAGGAUUUACGGCAACUCUGGGGCGUAAUGGAAUUUUCAACAUGGUUUAUUUUGGCUUCUACCACAAUGUCAAGAACGUUAUUCCGUCCAGUAAGGAUCCAACCUUGGAGUUUCUGAGAAAAUUUGGGAUUGGUUUUAUCUCCGGGACAAUGGGCUCAGUCUUUAACAUCCCCUUCGAUGUUGCCAAGAGCAGGAUCCAAGGGCCUCAGCCAGUUCCUGGAGAGAUCAAGUACAGAAGCUGCCUCAAAACAAUAGUGACGGUCUACCAGGAAGAAGGGAUUUUAGCCUUAUACAAAGGCCUGCUUCCCAAGGUGAUGAGACUUGGACCAGGUGGUGCAGUGAUGUUGCUGGCAUACGAACACGCCUACGAGUGGCUGCAGAAACACUGGUGAUAGACUCACAAGCGUCUCCCCCUGGCUGUAACAGAGAUGU